AUGGGUUUCGCCGCCGGCUUCGCAGGCGGCGUAACGCUAACCCUCUCCCUCACCUACCUCGCCCUCCUCACCCACUCCCACAACCGCCAAGCCCAAUCCGCCGUGCUCCGAUCCCAAGCCUCGACCCUCGACAUCCUCAUCCCGCCCGACGUCGACACGACCCUCCCGCGCGCAGCACGGCGACGCAACGCAUCCGCCGCCCUGCCCGACGGCACCUACCGGCCGCGCGCCACCCUCGAGCAACAGCACCAACACCAACAACACCACACCGGCAUCGGCCCCGGCGCGUCGUUCGUCGACGCCGCCAAGACCAGGUGGAACAGCGAGGUGCUGGCCGCCGUGCACUGGGCGCAGGGCAAGGACUGGGCGCGCGCGAGGGAGCGCGCCGAGGACGGCGUCGCGGGACUGUUUGGCGUGCGCCUCUCGCGCGAGCCCGUGCAGGUCGAGGAGGUCGUGUUUGUGCCGUCACCGGCUCCGACCGCGCCUGCGCCGCGGGAGGGGCAGCAGCAGGUUGGGGGCGCUAGGUUUGGGGAAACUGGGGUUGGGGGUGGGGUGCAGCAGCAGCAAAAUCUGCUGCAGCAGCAUGAGGGGGUGGGGCAGCACAAGGUGAGUGACGCGCUGCAUCGGGCGGGGGAUACCUCGGUUGUGGUUGCGAAGGCGAUGCGGGAUGAGGCGAAGGAAGUCGUGGCUGAGGCCAGGGAGGUCGUGGCGACGGGGGUGCAUGAGGCUAGGGGGGCGGUUGGGAGGGGGGUGGAAAAGGCGCAUGAUAUGGUGGAGAGGACGAAGGCGGCUGCUCAUCUGGCGGAAGAGAGGGCUGAGGCAAAGGUAGACGCGAAGUUGCUGCACAUGUCGGACAUUGAGAAGGCGCUCGCGGAGAGGUAUGACAGCGCUCGGCGGGAGGAGCAGCUGAAAAGGAGUGUGGACGAGGUCUUGAAGGAGAGGUAUUCCCCGGCGGAGAAGAAAAACAACUCGCAAUUGAGGAGGGGAUAG